CUUGCAGUCCCGCCCCUCCCGGGCGGGCCCACGCGCCGCGAGGGCUUCUGGGAAGAGGCGGGGAACAAUAUGGCGGAUGGCGAGGAGCCGGAGAAGAAAAGAAGGAGAAUAGAGGAGCUGCUGGCUGAGAAAAUGGCUGUUGAUGGUGGGUGUGGGGACACUGGAGACUGGGAAGGUCGCUGGAACCAUGUAAAGAAGUUCCUCGAGCGAUCUGGACCCUUCACACACCCUGAUUUCGAACCAAGCACUGAAUCGCUCCAGUUCCUAUUAGAUACAUGUAAAGUUCUAGUCAUUGGAGCUGGUGGCUUAGGAUGCGAGCUCCUGAAAAAUCUGGCAUUGUCUGGUUUUAGACAGAUUCAUGUUAUAGACAUGGACACUAUAGAUGUUUCCAAUCUAAAUAGGCAGUUUUUAUUUAGGCCUAAAGAUGUUGGAAGACCCAAGGCUGAAGUUGCUGCAGAAUUUCUAAAUGACCGAGUUCCUAACUGCAAUGUCGUCCCACAUUUCAACAAGAUUCAAGAUUUUAACGAUACUUUCUACCGACAAUUUCAUAUUAUUGUAUGUGGCCUGGACUCUAUCAUAGCCAGAAGAUGGAUCAAUGGAAUGCUGAUAUCUCUUCUAAAUUAUGAAGAUGGUGUGUUGGAUCCAAGUUCCAUUGUCCCUUUGAUAGAUGGGGGGACAGAAGGCUUUAAAGGAAAUGCCCGGGUGAUCUUGCCUGGAAUGACUGCUUGUGUUGAGUGCACCCUGGAACUUUAUCCCCCGCAGGUCAAUUUCCCCAUGUGCACCAUUGCAUCUAUGCCCAGGCUCCCAGAACACUGUAUCGAGUAUGUAAGGAUGUUACAAUGGCCUAAAGAGCAGCCGUUUGGAGAUGGGGUUCCAUUAGAUGGAGAUGACCCUGAACAUAUUCAGUGGAUUUUCCAAAAGUCUGUAGAGAGAGCAUCACAAUAUAAUAUUAGAGGUGUUACCUAUAGACUCACUCAAGGGGUAGUAAAACGAAUCAUUCCUGCAGUCGCUUCUACAAAUGCAGUCAUCGCAGCUGUGUGUGCUACUGAGGUUUUUAAGAUAGCCACAAGUGCAUACAUUCCCCUUAAUAAUUACUUGGUAUUCAAUGAUGUAGAUGGACUGUACACAUACACAUUUGAAGCAGAGAGAAAGGAAAAUUGUCCAGCAUGUAGCCAGCUUCCUCAAAACAUUCAGUUUUCCCCAUCAGCUAAACUCCAGGAAGUUUUAGACUAUCUGACCACUAGUGCUUCUCUGCAAAUGAAGUCUCCAGCUAUCACAGCUACCUUAGAGGGAAAGAACAGGACACUGUACUUACAGUCAGUAACAUCUAUUGAAGAACGAACAAGGCCUAAUCUUUCCAAGACGUUAAAAGAAUUGGGACUCGUUGAUGGACAAGAACUGGCUGUUGCUGAUGUUACCACACCACAGACUGUACUAUUCAAACUUCAUUUUACUUAAGGAAAAUAAAUCUAUACCUAAUAGAAAAUUCAUAGAAACAAUAUACUUUGUGAAUGCUAAGGAAUUUAAUUGAAGAGCGGUAAAAAUGAGGCAGAGGGGACACCCAAGAAAGGAAAUUUAACUGAUAUCAUUUUUAGCAUUAGUGUUGCUAGAAUUUGGCUUUUAUAUAUA